UAGAUUGCGUGCACUUCCAUUAUGCCGCCGCGUUCCGUCCGGUCCGCUUCUCGAAUUGGUUCCGGGAGUUCCGCACGGUUCGGUCCAUUCGGUUCCGCUUAGUUGACUUAGUUCGCCUCGAGCCGCGAAGACGUGAGGAUAUUUGCGCGCUCGCGUGGACAGAUCUUUGGUCUUUCGCGACACCGUCUCGGCAACUAUGAAGUACAUUCUGGUGACCGGCGGAGUGAUCAGCGGCGUAGGCAAGGGCGUCAUUGCCAGCUCGUUCGGCACGAUCCUCAAGCACUGCAACAUACGCGUAACGUCCAUCAAAAUCGACCCUUACAUCAAUAUAGAUGCGGGCACUUUCAGCCCCUACGAGCACGGUGAGGUUUAUGUACUCGAUGAUGGUGGGGAAGUGGAUCUGGAUUUGGGUAAUUACGAACGUUUCCUGGACAUCACCCUUCACAAGGACAAUAACAUAACAACAGGAAAAAUUUAUCAAUCUGUUAUUACGAAGGAGAGGCGAGGAGAUUACUUAGGAAAAACAGUACAAGUGGUGCCUCACAUUACCGAUGCUAUUCAGGAAUGGGUGGAGAGAGUCGCAAAUCAAUCCGUAACAGAAGACGGAGCCAUACCGGAGGUUUGCAUAGUGGAAUUAGGGGGUACAAUAGGCGAUAUAGAAGGAAUGCCAUUUGUAGAAGCAUUCAGGCAAUUUCAAUUUAGAGUAAAGAAAGAGAAUUUCUGUGUGGCUCAUGUUUCUUUGGUGCCACAGCCAAAAUCAACGGGUGAACCUAAGACCAAGCCAACGCAAUCCAGCGUUAGAGAGUUACGAGGAUUAGGUUUAUCACCCGAUCUUAUAGUUUGUAGGUCAGAAAAGCCUAUUGGCAGUUCUGUCAAAGAAAAAAUUUCGAAUUUCUGUCAUGUAGCUCCGGAGCAGGUCAUAACUAUUCACGACUUGACGUCUAUAUAUCGAGUGCCACUUCUUAUGGAAUAUCAAGGUGUCAUAGAGUUCCUAAAUGAUCGACUGCAACUCAAUAUUGAUGGAAUGCCACGUCCACGUUACUUUAUGCGAAAAUGGCGGGACUUAGCUGAACGCGUGGAUCAUUUGCGAAAAGAUGUUAAUAUUGCUUUAGUCGGUAAAUACACGAAACUCGCGGACUCCUAUGCCUCUGUUACGAAAGCGUUGCAACAUGCUGCCAUUGAGGCCGGAUAUAAAUUGAACUUGACGUUUAUAGAAGCUGCUAAUUUAGAACAAACUACAUUACUGGAUAAUCCAGUUCUAUAUCAUGAAGCCUGGCAACAGCUUUGCAAAAGCAAUGGCGUAAUUGUGCCAGGAGGAUUUGGAAAAAGAGGAAUGGAAGGAAAAAUAAAGGCGUGCGAAUGGUGUAGAAUGAACGAUAAGCCUUUUCUCGGGAUUUGUCUGGGUUUGCAAGCAGCAGUUAUUGAAUUUGCGCGAAAUGUCUUGCAUCUUGAAAUGGCAAAUUCCACAGAAAUCGAUGCAGAUACUAAUAGUCCUGUGGUAAUAGAUAUGCCGGAGCACACUCAAGGUAUAAUGGGUGGUACAAUGAGACUCGGCAAAAGGCAAACUCGAUUUUACAAUGAUAAUUCUAUCUUAAAGAAAUUAUACAACAAUAAAGAUAUUAUAGAAGAAAGGCACAGGCAUAGGUAUGAAAUUAAUCCAGAUUACGUUAAUGAUUUAGAAGCAGCUGGUUUAAAAUUUGUAGGGCGUGACCACGAUGAAAAUAUACGAAUGGAGAUUGCCGAAUUAGAAGGCCAUAGUUAUUAUGUAGCUACUCAAUUUCAUCCCGAAUAUUUAUCAAGACCAUUAAAACCAUCACCGCCAUUUCUUGGUUUAAUUUUGGCCAGUGUUGGCAAACUGAAACAGUACUUAGCACGAGGAUGUAAAUUUUCACCACGUCAAUUGAGCGAUAACGAAUCAGAUGACGAUUACGUUAUAGAAGAAAUGACGAAAUUUAAUUUAUCCAGUAAUGCAAGUAGAAGUGGUAGCAGUACAUCGGGUCUUAAUGAUUAGAAUGUAGCUUUAUUUUUUUUAUUUCAUUUCAUUCCAUAAUUUUAUUAUCCUACAGUCUGCAGAUCUGAUCCACUACACUUUUAUCUGAUUCUUCCUAUUUAUAUAAUUCAUGAUUAAAAGAUCAAACAUAUGUCAUAAACAUGAUAAGAAUAAACUAUGCGUUUAGCUACUUAGGCUGAAAAGUUAUAUUUUAGAAUGUGACAACAUGCUUAAGUUGCCAAUUUUUAUUUAUCAAUAUUUGCAGUAGGGUAAAAAUUGAAUACAGCUACUGUAAAAUAAGCAAAAAUAAAAUAACUGCUGAACAUCAACUAUCUUUUUUUAAAAUUAUACAUUUUCUUAACAUGGGAGAAGUUGGAAACAACACGCAAUCUAUUUUCUUAUUUUUAUUAUCUAUGACAUAUGUGUGAAUAUGUGCGACAAACUAUCUUAAAUAUAAUAUUAAAUAAAUAUUUAAAUAUUUUACAACAAAAAAAUUAUAACGACAGAAACAAAAUGUAAGUAUAAAAUGUACAUUAAAAAUGUGAAAUUUAUUGAAUAUUUUGUAUUUUGUAAUAAAUUAUGUUACAUUGUAAUUAAAAAAUUUAUGUAUAUUGAAAAAUAAAAAGAAUAUUUAUCUUCCAUUUUAAAAUUAUAACUGAAGCAAAAGGUUACGAGAUCUAAAAAUAGAUUUUAAUUGAUUAGAAUAUUUUAUAUAUUUAUUGAACACAAUGUAUUAUAAAAUAAAAAUUCUUAAACAAUAA